CCUUGCUAUUUCACACUCACAUUCAUCAGUGAGAGAGGUCUGAGAGAGAGAAAUCAGAAAUGGCAAUGCGAAUGGUGGUGUUUCAAAUAAUUGUCUUAUUGGGGUCAAUGAAUGCAUUUGUAAAAGCAGUGGGUUUGGUAAACAGUUCAAAAUGUAGUGAAGCAACCUGUGGGAACGUAACCAUUCCAUACCCUUUUGGAAUAGAUACUGAUUGCAACAUGACCGCCUUGUAUUGGAUAAAUUGCGAUCACAGUUUCAGUCCUCCCAAGCCUUUCUUGGCGUCCAUAAACCUGGAGGUUCUGGAUAUUUCAUUAUUAGACGGCACACUUCGCGUCAACUAUCCAUUGCUUUUGGGUUGUUCUGAUACAAGUUCCGAAUUUGUCAACUAUACUUCAAGAGGUCUUGUCUUCUCCCAAUCCAGAAACAAAUUCGUUGCCAUGGGUUGCGACAAUUUUGCUUCAUUGAAUGAUAAAGAAGAUAUUGUUCUUUGUGGGUGCAUGUCUGUUUGUAAUAACAAAUCCAGAGAGACGAAUAUCAACAAUAGUUGCAAUGGCAUCGACUGCUGCCAAACUGCUAUCCCAGUUCUCGACGUCUAUCAAGCAUCUCGAAGGUCAAUAGCCACCGAGACUUUCAAAAUUAGCUCAGCACCUUGCAAGUAUGCAUUCAUAGUAGAACAGAAGUGGUUCGAGACCAAUUUAACAAACUCGUCUGAAGUCCAAAAUAUGUCCCACGUUCCUGUGGUAUUGGAAUGGCGCAUCGAUCCAAAAUUAUUUCCUCUUGUAACUGGAAAUAACCAGUCAGAUGAAGAAACCUCAAGCUAUGGUUGUGCUAAUCGUUCUUCAACUCUUACAUGUUCUUGCAAACCAGGCUUUAAAGGAAAUCCCUAUCUGCCUCAUCCUGAACGAUGUGCAGAUAUUAACGAAUGCAUAGAAAAUUCCACACCGUGUUUGGAUUUCUGGAAUAGCUCUUCGAGGGACUGGAAUAAGAAUAACGAUUCGAGCCUCCGCUGUGUAAAUACUUAUGGGUCAUACAAUUGUGUAGAAAUCAUCAAGCCUUCUCCUCCUCCGACCAAAGCGAUCACAAUAGCUAUUAGCACAAGCCUUGGGCUACUAUUUUUGCUAAUUGGUGGAUGGUGGUCCUACAAAGCAAUAAAGAAAAGGAAGAACAUUAAACGUAAGGAGAAGUUCUUCAAACGAAAUGGUGGCCUAUUGUUACAACAACAAUUAUCUUCAAGUGAAACCAAUGUUGAGAAAACCAAAUUGUUUAAUUCAAAGGAUUUGGAAAAGGCCACUGACAAUUUUAAUGUGAAUAGAAUACUUGGUCAAGGAGGACAAGGCACUGUCUACAAAGGAAUGUUGGUAGAUGGGAAAAUCGUUGCAGUAAAGAAGUCCAAGGUAAUUGAUGAAGAAAAACAACUUGAAGAAUUCAUUAAUGAAGUUGUCAUUCUUUCACAAAUUAAUCAUAGGCAUGUGGUUAAACUACUUGGUUGUUGUUUGGAGACAGAAGUUCCUUUGCUAGUUUAUGAAUUCAUUCCUAAUGGAACUCUAUCCCAAUAUCUUCAUGUCCAAAAUGAGGAGUUUCCAGCAACAUGGGAUAUGCGUUUACGAAUUGCCACAGAAGUUGCAGGAGCUCUUUUCUACUUACACUCAGCGGCUUCCUCGCCCAUUUACCACCGAGACAUUAAGAGUACAAACAUACUCUUAGAUGAUAAGUACAGAGCAAAAGUAGCAGACUUUGGGACUUCAAGAUCCAUUGGUGUUGAUCAAACUCACUUAACCACAGUAGUACAAGGCACUUUUGGAUACUUGGACCCUGAGUAUUUCCAGUCAAGUCAAUUUACAGAAAAGAGUGAUGUUUAUAGUUUUGGUGUUGUUCUCGUUGAGCUUUUAACCGGAGAAAAAGCGAUCUCUUCUACAAGGACAUCAGAAAGUAAAAGUUUAGCCACAUAUUUCAUUCACUCAAUAGAGGAGAACAAUUUGUUUGAUAUUAUCGAUGCUCAAGUGAUGAAGGAUUCUAAAAAAGAAGAGAUCAUAUCAGUUGCAAACCUUGCAAAAAUGUGCCUAAACUUGAAUGGGAAGAAAAGACCUACAAUGAAAGAAGUUGCAAUGCAAUUGGAAGCAGUUCUAACGUUGCGAAAAGCUUCUAAUGUUCAACAAAACCUUGAAGAGGUUGAAUGUGUUAGAAGUGAAAUGUAUGAGCAAUGGGAUGUCAUUUCUACAUCAACAAUGUCAGGUGCAGACAAUAGUGUAGCCUCAUCUUCAAACACUCUCCCAUUGUUAUCUUUUUAACUAGUUGAUGUUGUGCGUGAUGCGUGUGUAUGCUAUAAGUUUAUUUUUGAAUAUUUGAUUAAAAAAUAUUUUUAUGACCAAUUUAUAAUACUCAUUAAUUUUUAUAA